AGUUUUCCCUGCUCAGCCUCCAUUCCCUCGCCUCCUCCGGAGCAGGGCGGGACGGCGGCGGCCGGAGCCGGGCAGGAGGAGCGGCCGGCGGAGCCCGGAGCGGCGGAGCCCCGGUACCGGGGCGCGGGGAAAGGGCAGCUCAUGUCCCUGCCGAGCCCCGCAUGGCCCCAGCGAGACGAGCCUCCCCCCUGCGGCAUCACCACUGGCCUCCCACCGGCCUCAUCCGACAGCGACUCCGGCUGUGCCCUGGAAGAGUACCUGGAGCCCCCCGCGGACCCCGCGCCCCCCGAGGUCUCGCUCUGCUUCGGCACCUGCUCGCCGCAGCCUGCCUCUCCCGCCGACAGGAUCCGGCUCCGCGCCAGAGCCCUCCUGCAGCAGCUGCCUCCUCAGGACUGCGAUGAGCGGUACUGCCCUGACCUCACGGAGGAGGAGAGGAGGCAGCUACGAGCUUUCAGUGCCCGACGGAGACGGGAGGCCCUGGGGCAGGGGCUGGCAUGUCCCGUGCCGGGUCCCUGCCAUGGCUGUCCCUGCAAGAAGUGCGGCAGGAGGCUGAACAAAGGGGACCUGGGGAUUUCAGCAUCUCGGCUGGGGGACCACUUCUGGCACCCGUCCUGCUUCUCCUGCCACUUCUGCCACCAGCCCCUGGUCGACCUCAUCUACUUCCAGCAGGAUGGGAGGAUCUACUGCGGCCGGCACCACGCCGAGCUCUUCCGACCCCGCUGUCCCUCCUGCGACCAGCUGAUCUUCAUGGAGGAGUGCAUCGAGGCGGAGGGCCGGCGCUGGCACCUGGAGCACUUUUGCUGCCUGGAGUGCGACGUGCCCCUGCGCGGGCAGCGCUACGUGAUGAAGAGCGGCCGGCCCUGCUGCCCCUGCUUCGAGAGCCUCUUCGCCGAGCCGUGCCAGGCCUGCGGGGACCCCAUCGGUGCCGACAGCGAGGAGGCCACCCACCAAGGCCUCCACUGGCAUGCCCGAGCCGCCUGCUUCUGCUGCAGCCUCUGCCGAAAGCCGCUGCGCGGGCAGCCCCUCACCUCCAGCCGCGGCCGGCUCUUCUGCUCCGAGACCUGCAGCCUGGGCUGGGAUGCAUCCUCCACCACCUCCGACUCCUCCGACUCGGCUUUCGCCUCGGCUCCGUCCCCCGACUCGACGUCCCUCUCCCGAGCUGGCCCCGCCGGCAGGACCGCACCGGGGACGGGCAGCACCUCGGCAGCCGGGGGCUGCAGGCAGCGGGUGGAAGGGGCAGAGGCUUUUUUGGAUCAGGCCCCUGUGCAUCCUGCAUUCAGGAGCCUGGAGGACCGUGGAGCAGCUGCUAAGGAGCGGAGCAGGGAUGCUGUGUACACAGGGAUGCUGGGACCACCAGCCAGCCACCCCUCCGCCCCCCAGCCCAGCACAGAGGGUCCCAACGAGCCUGGAGCCUUGGGCCACCUGGUUUCGGGGGGCCCUGAGCCCCGAACACCUGCAGGCAAUGGAAACCCACGCUUCCGAGCGGGCACAUCCCCUGCCCGAUGCAGCCCACGGCCGGAGGACAUCGACCUGCAGGACAUCACGGAGGAGGAUGACUCCUGGUGUCCCACUUGCUCUUCAUCUUCGGACUCAGACUCGGAGGAAGACGGUUUCUUCUUCGGGAAGCCCAUCCCCAAGCCCGGGAUGAGUUCCCUGGGCAGGGAGCCCCUGGGGAGGGCCGGGGGCAGGACGGCAAAGCCACAGGGCAGCAGCAGGCACUGCAGCGUGUCCUAGCAGCGGGGACUGGGGGGUCCUCGACCGGCACUGCCAUCCUGCCAGCCCCUGCCAUGGUCUCAACACAUUCCAAGUGCAUUUUGGACGCAGCCCAAGGCUGGUGGGGAGAAGUCUCUGGGAUCUUUUCCCCCCCCGCCCCCCCGGUAGCUGCUGGCAAAGCACAGCCUGCAAUUCCUGCCGGCCUCUUUCGCAAUUAGGAACAGGUAAAGCAGGUAGGGAGCAGAGAGCCGGCAGCCGGCACCAGGGCUCCCAUCUCAGACAAGGCGGCAGCCCCGGAGAGCAGCCGCACGCAGGGGAGGGCGGCCGGGUGCUUAAGACAAGGGCUGCUGCCUGCAUCGUCCCGCUGCGGGGCUGCUGCUGCGGACCCACGGGGACAGGAGGGGUGCUGGCUGCCAGGGUCGGUUCCUUCCCUGGGACACCUCCUUGAAGGAUGAGCGCCACUGCCAGAUGCUCUCCAUCCCUGGUGGCACCGUGUCCUGCUGCCACCGCGGGGAGGGGACCAGGGGGGCAGCUCUACUGCUGCCGAUGACGAUGCUCCAAUAAAA